AUGUAUUCGUGUUUCUCUGCAUCGGUGUUGGCAACAGCUGGCUUAUACCCUUCAUCCUCCUCCUCCUCUUCUGUACAGCACCCUACCGCCGAAACGCGGAACGGAACCUACUAUGGCAUCCAUCAGUCCAAAUGGCAUCAGGACUACUUCUUCGGUAUCCCGUACGCGCAGCCCCCUGUGGACGAGCUGCGAUUCCGCCCACCGCACUCUCUCAACACCUCCUGGACGGGCGAGCGCAACGCGACGGAGAUGGGUCCCAUGUGCUACGGGUAUGGGCCGACGCAGAUGGCCAAUGGCGAGCACGUGUCGGAGGAUUGCCUGACGUUGAAUGUAGUACGGGCAUCCAACGUGUCCUCGCCUAAGGGCUUACUCCCGGUGGUGGUGUACAUCCACGGGGGGCUCUUCAAGCACGGGGCGGGCAGCGACCCGCGCUACAACAUGACGUCGUUGCUGCAGGUGGGGGUGCAUAACGGGCAGGAGUUUGUCGGGGUGACGCUGAACUACCGACUCAGCUACUGGGGAUUCCUCUCCGGGGAGGAGGUGGCGCGCGAGGGGGCGACCAACCUGGGCUUGCGUGACCAGCGGUUGGCGCUGCAGUGGGUGCAGGAGAACAUCGCGGCCUUUGGUGGCGACCCAACCAAAAUUACCAUCUGGGGUCAGGAGGCAGGCGCCUUCAGCGUCGGCUUGCAGCUGCUAGCGUACGGGGGCCGCGACGAUGGGCUCUUCCGCGCUGCGAUCGCCCAGAGUGGCAGUCCCAUGCUGAUGUGGCCCUCCGCCUCGGCCACGGACUGGCAGCCGCUGUAUGAGGCCUUUCUAAAUGCUACGAACUGCACAGAUGCCGUCUCGGGCAGCACACUGGAUUGUCUACGCCGCGUUCCGGCCGCCACCCUCUCCGACGUUUUCAGCAGCGACCUCACCACGUUCAACCGGCCUAAUCCCGUCGUGGACGGCGAUUUUCUCCCAAAGUUGGGGUCCUCCGCACUCGAGGCCGGCGACUUCGUCAAGGUGCCCCUGCUGCUCGGCACCACACAAGACGAGGGCACCUGGAGCUAUUAUGGUGUCGAGGGGAUUAACACCACUGCCGAGUUCCGUGCCAUGGUCGAGUAUGAUGGGCUAAGCACUACCGCAGCCAGCAAGAUCGCGCAGCUCUAUCCAGACGACCCGGCCCAGGGCAUCCCGUCAACGCUGGACGGCCGACCCGGAAACGAAACGGGUCUGGGCUGGCAGUGGAAGCGAUCGAGCGCGUACAACGGAGACAAGAUAAUGCAGGCAGGUCGUCGCAUGGCCAGUCAAGCAUGGGCCAAACACGGCGUCGACGUUUAUACCUAUGUUUAUGACGUUCUCUUCCACGCCAAAUGGUGGCAGUACGGUGCACAGGAGCAGGACGACAUCGCCUUCCUCUUCCACAAUGUGACCCUGUCCGAGUCGCUCAGCCCCACCGAUCAGGCCGACCAGAAGAAAACAUUCGAGCCGCUGAGCUACCUGAUGACGAGCAUGUGGAUCAGCUUUAUCAGCACCUUGGAUCCGAACCAUAAUUCUAUUAACGGAACCAAGACUUGGCCCAAAUACAGCCUGGCCGAGCCCGAGGCAUUAGUAUUCGAUGUCAAUGCCACCGAGCUCUGUCGGGUGGAGCCAGAUACCUACCGGUCGGCAGCAAUUUCACACUGGAUGGAGCUGUUUCAGACAAGCGAGUAUCCGAGAUAG